AUGGCAUCUAAAAGGGCACCAAUUCUUGGGAACAAAGAAGAUACCAAUUUCAAUGAGGCUUUGAAACUAUACGAUAGCAAGCAAUACAAAAAGGCACUCAAACUUGUGGAUGCAAAUUUGAAGAAAAACUCCAGUCAUGCCGCGUCGUUGACCUUGAAAGGAUGUAUCAACUACUACAUUGGCAACAAACCUGAAGCAGAGCUGUAUAUCGUUAAAGGAUUGACCAAGGGUGAAAAUAACUAUAUUGUGAACCACUUGGCUGGGAUUUACUACAGGGCAGUCGAGAAUUACACUGAUGCUGCCAAAUGGUUGAAAGCCGCCAUUGAUAAUGGUUCUCCAAAUAAGCAAAUUUUGAGGGACUUAUCAAACUUGCAAGUCCACAUUAGAGACUACAAGAGCUUAGUCAGCUCUAGGCAAGGAUAUUUGGAAUUCCAGCCUGGUUACAGGGCCAAUUGGACAGGUACUGCUAUUGCUCUUCACUUGAACAAGAACUAUAAGGGUGCUAUUUCCACAUUGACCAAAAUUGAGUCCAUAAUUAAGGAGCACUUACAAGACCAAGACAUGUAUGAACAGAGCGAAUGUCUUUUGUACAAGAAUGAUAUCAUUUUUCAAAGUGGUGAUGUUCAAAAAGCCUUAGAGACUUUGGAAGAUGAUAAACCAUUCAUCAAAGACAUGUUAUCGUUUUUGGAAUACAAAGCUAAAUACUUGAUGGUUUUGGGGAGAACUCAGGAAUCGUCUAUUGUUUACAGGCAGUUGAUCCAAAGAAAUCCAGACAACAUUGAGUAUUACAAACAAUUGGAAAUUUGCCUCAAUAUAUUUGAAAAGCCUUUGAGCUCGAGAAUUAAAUUGUAUGAAAACUUGAAUAAGUUUUAUCCAAAAGCUGAUCCUCCCAAAUACUUACCAAUGAUGUUUAUUCCUUCUUCCCAUCCCGCUUUUAAAGAAAAGGCUCAGAAUUAUAUCUUGGGCCAAUUGAAAAAAGGUGUCCCAGCUAGUUUUGUUAACAUCAAGCCAAUUUUGAAGAAUCCAAAAAAAUUGAAGAUCAUUGAGGAAAUAGUGGCGAGUUUCUUUGAAAACGCGUUGUCUAAUUACGAUCCAACCAUCAAGGUCUGGGGUCUCUACUUUCUCAGUCAGCUCUCACUCUAUCAGAAAGAUCUUGCAACUGCUACCAAGUAUAUUGAUACUGCUUUAGAACAUUCUCCAACCUUGGUAGAAUUAUACAUUUUGAAAGCUAGAAUAUUAAAGCAUUACAAGAAAUAUGAAGCUGCUGCUCAAAUUAUGGAUGAGGGCCGUCAAUUGGAUUUGCAGGAUAGAUUCGUUAAUUCUAAGGCUACUAAGUAUUACUUGAGAGCAAAUGAAAUUGACAAGGCUGUGGAUUUGAUUUCAUUAUUUACGAAGUUGGAUAAGGAUGCCGUAAAUGGUUGUAAGGAUUUGCAUACCAUGCAAGCGAAUUGGUUUAUUACCGAAAGUGCCGAAGCUUACAAAAGGCUAUACCACCAAUACGAGGAAGAAUUGGCCAGUAUUGAGAAGACACCAGAAAAUGAAGAGAUAAUCGGUAGUCUUCAUGACAAAAUUGAAACAUAUAAAGGGUUAGCAUUGAAGCGUUACACAGCUGUUGUGAAGAUUUUUGAUAUUUUUUUUAAUGAUCAGUUUGACUUCCACUUCUACUGUCUAAGACGCGGGACCCCAAGGGACUACAUCAAGACAUUACAAUGGGAAGAUACCAUUCAUUCCACUCCGAUAUAUGUUAGAGUUAUCAAAGGAUUAUCUGAGAUCUACUUGGAAAUCUAUAAAGAGCAGCAGCAAAAGAAGGCAGUUGAAGGUGAAGACGACGGAACUACAGUCAUCAAAAAGAACAACAAAAAGAACAAAAAGGCCAAAGCACAAUCUUUAAAAAAGAAAGAAUCUUUAAUUGCCAAAGUGGAAUCUGAAAAGGACGAUGCCGAUCCCUUGGGUACAAAGUUAUUGAGUGACUUGGUCAAUAAUGCUCAUGGAAAUAUCAUCGACAACUUACUCAAGUUGUCUCAACCGCUUUUGAACGAGGCCAAAGAUUAUCAAUUUAACUGGGAGUUAUCGUUCAAAUUGAAUUUGAUCAAAUCUAAAUAUGUCUUAAGCUUACAAGCUAUUAAGAAUUUGAAUUCGAUUUUAAGUCUUAGAGGAAGGAUCACCUCCAAAAUUCCUCAGAUAGAGCAAUUGGUAACUGAGUUGGGCGAGGCUGUUUCAAAGGAUGAAUCGGUUAAUGAGGCAAUCAAAAAAGUUGUUAAAAUGGGAUUGUCUGCUUCUUUGUCUGAUUAUAAGGAAGCUUACGAGCCAUAUCUCAAUUAA